CGUGGAGCAGGUCCUCACCCCACUGUCCCGGAGCUGCUUCGGACACGCCAGCUAGCGAACCGUCCCCGCAGCCGUCUUUCUUCCUCAGCAGCUCUUUCCUCGCUGAGUUUUCUGGGAGCGUAUAAGGAGAAGGCCUGGGGACGCCCCAAACCCCUUCUGCUCGUGCCCAUUGCAAGUGCCACUACCGCCAUGGGCCUCACCAUCUCCUCCCUCUUCUCCCGCCUCUUCGGCAAGAAGCAGAUGCGCAUUUUGAUGGUUGGAUUGGAUGCUGCUGGCAAGACGACCAUUCUGUAUAAACUGAAGUUAGGGGAGAUAGUCACCACCAUUCCUACCAUUGGUUUUAAUGUGGAAACAGUAGAAUAUAAGAACAUUUGUUUCACAGUAUGGGAUGUUGGUGGUCAAGAUAAAAUUAGGCCUCUCUGGAGGCAUUACUUUCAAAAUACCCAGGGUCUUAUUUUUGUGGUAGAUAGCAAUGAUCGUGAAAGAAUUCAGGAAGGAGCAGAAGAGCUGCAGAAAAUGCUUCAGAAAGAUGAGUUGCGAGAUGCAGUGUUGCUGCUUUUUGCAAACAAACAGGACUUGCCGAAUGCUAUGACCAUUAGUGAAAUGACAGAUAAAUUAGGUCUUCAGUCCCUUCAUAACAGAACAUGGUAUGUUCAAGCCACUUGUGCUACACAAGGAACCGGUCUGUAUGAGGGACUUGACUGGCUGUCAAAUGAGCUUUCAAAACGUUAAAUGAAGCUGGAUAUCUAACCAAGGACAUGUUUGAUAGAAUUGGUCUAGGCUUGUUACAACAAAAUUAGUUUGCAUCUUGGUUAUUAAACAGUAUCUGGGACUGGUUUGGGCAGAAUAUUACUGCGUUUAAACUUAUUUUGUUGCCAAUUAUUGUUUACCAAGUAUAAUGUUGCCAUUUAGCAAUAUGCUUGGUUUUAAAGAGAUUCUCCUUAACUUGGGAAAAAAAAAAAAAAGUGUCCUCUUUUAAUUUUACUUCCCUUAAGCCUAAAUGCCUGGACUUAGCUAAUGUGACACCUUUAAAUAAAUCCAUUUUGAAUGUU